GACUUUUUCCCCUCAUAUCGUUUUUCGGUGGCUAUACACAGCUAGAGAUGCAGGUGUCAUUUGGUUAGCUUGCAAGAACUUGAACGACAUUUAUACAGUUAGUAUAUCUCUUGCGUUCGCAAAUUCACUCUAGCUAAUGAAUUCGAUUUUUUUGGUUGAGAGCAAACAAGGACCUGUAGCCUAUUCAAACUGCUCACUGAGUACACUCCUCCAACAUGUAUUUUCCCAGGUAUGUAAAGUCAACUGAGAUUUCCUCUCACAAGCCAAUAAAGUACUUAUAAAGGAGGAAUAACUAAUGGCUGAAUAGAAUAGGAUGUGCGAAACUUUUCAAAUAAACAUUGGCCUGGCUAUAUCACACGUUCUGUGAUAAAUUAAUGUGAGUGGCUGCCUUCGAUGCACAUGGCCCUACUCCCAACCGACCUCUAGUCUUCUGUAGCAGCCACAAGUCUCCGCCUCUCUCCCACAGCCCUAAACCGAUCCCCACUCACUCCAACUCCCCUGCCAUCCCCCUCCCUAGCCUUUAUUCCCGACGUUUGUCCCAGCGAUAAUCCACCUCUUCACGCAAGCGAUUUUCGAACUUUGGCCCGAAGAGAAAAAAAAGGAUAAAACAACCCGAAAAGUGAAGAUAGAAGCGAACCGGAUAAGUUUUACAUUGCCCCGAUUGUUGGCCACGGCGGGGUGGAUAAAAGCAGGCUGAAACAAGACCAUAUGAUGUGGAUCUGGUACCUCUUGCUUGGUUCGGGGACAGGCUCCAGCUUGGUUGAGAGCCAGCUCCUUCCGGGGAACAACUUCACCACAGACUGUAACAACCCAGGGAACUUCAUGUGUGGGGACGGGAAGUGUGUCCCAGGUGCGUGGCAGUGUGACGGACUGCCCGACUGCUUCGACAACAGUGAUGAGAAAGGCUGCCCCAAGAUAAAGUCCAAGUGUGCUCCGACGUUCUUCGCCUGUGCCAACGGGAUCCACUGUAUCAUCGGGCGGUUCCGUUGCAAUGGCUUCAGUGACUGUCCUGACGGGAGCGACGAGAAGGAUUGCACAGGUAACCCGCUGGUGUGUCUGGAGGCCCGCUUCAAGUGUCGUAACGGGCACUGUGUGGACCGCAGUUUCCUGUGUAACGGACAGGACAACUGUCAGGACAACAGUGACGAGGAACACUGUCUCACCACCGCAGAAGCUCCAGGCCAGGACUUUGUAAACCUGGACUACCGGCUGCGCUACUACCCCAGCAUCACCUACGCAGUCAUCGGCAGCGCUGUCAUCUUUGUCCUGGUGGUGGCACUGUUGGCCCUGGUCCUGCACCACCAGAGGAAGCGCAGCAUGCUGUUGCCCCGGGGGGUCCGGGGGUCCUCCUACCACCACCACCACCAUCAGCCCCUGCUGCUGUCCCGCCUGGUCAUCCUAGACCGGGGACACGUCCACCCAGCUGUCCCUGGCCUCUCCCCCACCUCCCCGUCUGCAGUAGCCCAGUACAGUGCAGGUCCCCCAGGGCUACAGCUGCUGUCUAGGGCCCUCUACCCUGCUGGCAUGCCCAUGGACUCGCCACCCUCCUACUCCCAGGCUGUGCUGGAUGUCAGCCGGCCUCCCUGGUUUGACCUUCCCCCGCCUCCCUACCUCCCAGACAGGGAGCUUCCGUCAGAAGGAGAGCUGCCCCAGUACGAAGUCCCCACAGAGCCCUCCACUCAGCCCAGCACACGCCCCUCUGAGCCCCCCACACCCAGAACUGUGGCCCCAGGCUUGUCCCGACCUAGCUUCAGCUCCAGCUCCAGAGAGGAGUCGGACUAGCUGUAGUCCUCCUCUGGUGACUACAUGUACAUAGGACUACAAUACCCAGCCUCAGGGCUGUGGCAGGCUGAAGAGAGAGGGGCUGUUCAAUAUGGGAAGGCCCAACGGACUGUCCUGCCUAAUGUGAGAAUGAGAGACGAGGCUCUAUUCUACCGAUAGCUACAGCUGACUGACUAAGGCACUUGGAAUCAUUGCUAUUGUAUGCUGUCGCCCUCUGAUGGAGAUUUAUCUACAUAUCCCCUGACUGGACUAACUCGCUUAGUCAAUCAAUCAAUCAUCAGUCAAUUGCAUUUAAUCUGUGGCUAUAUAGUGCUUUUUACAAUUUAAUUUCUCACAGUGUGCUUAACAACAGCAAGGGCCUAAACUUCCAAAGACAAAGUAAAAACUCCCACAGCCUCCCAACACUAUGCAUCUCCUGUUGGACUGGUGAAGAACCUGGUUGGUGCGAGAUCUCGUAGCUUGGUUGAGUUGAUUGGAUGGAUGGUCAACCUGUGUACUACAGUCAUGCAUUAACAAUGUAGUAGGACUCACAGUGACUAACAUUGUUUGUGGUACUCAUAAAGGGUCAAAUGUCACAUGGUGUUACAGUUACAGUAGCAGAUGUAUAUGUUGUGCAAACAUAGUGAAAGAGAUACAGGGUCAGAUCUGUAAUGUUACAGUUCAGCACAUUAAAACAGCCAGUUAGAAACAGAAGCACAUGCGUAGUGGAUACAUUGAUAUGGGGCACGUUUUUCCUCCCAUCCAUAUUGUAUAAUGCUGGUUCUCUUCAAUCUCUAUUCUCAUUGGCCAUCUCUUUCAUUUCAUAGGGAUAACUGUAUUGCUCUGUCAUAUAGCACUUAUCAUGAUUGCUGGGUUUACACGUAAUUCAUGUUUUGGCAUGAACUCAAAUGGAAGUAUUAUUUGAGGAAGAUAAAAUGUGGAUAAAAGAUACUCCUACUGAGUAAUGUCCCAAAGCAAUGUAGUUUUUGGGGUAUCUGGACCUUUUCAAAGCACUCAAAUAUAUGUUUAACAACUGUGUGUCUACUGUCCCACUCAGGGUCUAGUUUGACAGAAGUUCAUUGAGGUCAUAUUCUACUGCCCAUGAGGACAGUGCAUAUUGCUUUGUUUUGAUAUUAUAUCUGUCCAGACAUCAGUAGUAACUUUAAUGACAGGAAAACAAAUGGCGCGUGACGAGAACAUCCCCACACCUAGACUAUCUAACCAUAGAGAGUACAUCAUAAAGUGCUUUCUCCUGUGGACUGGAGCAGAGACCCUUCUACUUGUUGCCUUGAAACACAAAUGUGUACAUUGAAAUAAGCAUUUGGGAUCCUCCUCAAGUUAAAGAACAUAAUUCAAGUCAGUAACAAAUACAGAAGUUGUUCAAUUGGCUCAUGUAGUCACUGAACAAAAAUAUCAGCCAUUUUCUCCUUGGUUCCAUAAUGAUGUCUUACUGACUGCACCAUGUACCUCCUACCUCCAUGUUUUUCUUGACAAACUGAAAUAGUUGAUAGUCAUGUAAAUGGUUGGUCAUGCAUACAGUGUUAUCGCACACUAAAUAGUAUUAGUGUAUUUCAAUCAAUGCUAUAUGUCAAUCAGAAAAUGUAUUUUUUGCUCCACAAAUUACAUUUAGAUACAUUAAUUAUAUACAGUUUUGACUCCAUACAUAUUAACAUUUUAACCCUUUGUAGUGCUUAUUUAAACAUAAUUGUAUCAGAUCAAUGUCCUUACUGGGUUGUUGAGGCAAAUCAAAUCACAUUUUAUUUGUUUCAGGUGCCUUACCGUGAAAUGUUUACUUACAAGCCCUUAACUAACAAUGCAGUUUUUUGAAAAUAUUUACUAAAUAAACUAAAGUAAACGUGUAAAUAAACUUAGACAAGCUUCUUUAUAUGGAGCUCUAGAAGUGAAAUUUCAUUUGGGGCUGAUUUACCUACAGUACCUUGUGCCUUGGUUCAAAUGUCUCUCAUAUUGUAUUUAUUGGAUACAUACUCAACCACUUACUCAUAGGAUCCCGACUGUCUCAAAUGCUGUAACUGCCAUUCCUAUUUUCUGAAUUUGCACCAUCUGACCAAUUCAAUUGACACCCAAUAAUGUUUAUGUUUGGAUAAAGAAGAAAAAUACCCAAUUAAUUGUAUGUUUAGAAAUGUGUAAGUUGCAUGACAGAUGUCUCGGCUGUACAGAUGAUGUGAGAGAGAAGACUGACAUUCCCUGUCUGUUUGUCUGUCUGUCUGUCUGCACCACCCUGCCCAGCCUACUGUGCAGUAACUAGCAGUAAUCAUUGACUGACUGGUGAAAUGCCUAUCUGAAGGAUCUGUGCAUAUGUAAUGUAUUGUUGUUGUCGUGUCAUUUCAUUUCAGAACUUGUCAAGGGUUUCAUGUGACCAUGUACAUAUAGAGAGAGCGAGAGUAGAGACGUAUUUAAAAGCAGCAUAUUUAGACAUUAAACUAAGAAAAUACUGUUUAACUAUGAAACGUACUUUGGAUGGUACCUCUGUCUUUUGUCCAUAUCCCCAGCAGUCAUUAGGCUGGUGGCAUUAUUAAACAACCUAGAAACCUAAGAUUAUCACUCAUCAUCCCCAUCAAACCCAGAAGAUAAGCCUUACUCUCCAGAGUCACAUCCCAAAACAGUGUUGUGCCUCGUUUUGUUUCAGAUACCUAGCUGACUAGAGAAAGAGGAGUCGUAUUACUCUUAUACAAAGGGGGAAAUCCUCUUCAUCAUUAGAUAACUGGAGAAUGAUACUCAGAGUCUCAGGAUGAAUCUACUCAUAGCUGGGUUGUAUUCACUAGGAACCAACAGAAGCGAACAGGCUGAAACGGGGAGGGACUACCUGAAAUUGUACAAUAAGAAAUGUGUGUUUUUGUUUUCCGUUGCAAAACGUUUUGCUAUGGUGUGCACUAAUGAAUAAAGCCCUGGUCUGUUGCGUUUCUGUUACAACACACUGUUACACUCUUUUCAUGUCACUAUAUACGUUUGGUUUUUGACAUAGUGAUUACUGAUUUGUUGUUCCAUUCUGUUGGAGACUUCUGUUUCGUGUUUGUAUCAUUUAUUAAUGAUGACGCCACCUUUUUGUUUCUAAUGAAAAAUAUUCUGUACAUUGAAAGUAAUAUAAAGUGGUUCUGA